AUGCCUUCUCUCAAGAGAAGGCAUCCCCAGGGAGAGCCCGAUGAUGAUGACGAAAUUGUCGAGGUUCAGCAGGCUAGUUCCUCCAUGGCUCAAGAGGCCCAGUCGAACAAAAGAGCGCGCUUAUCAGUCGCGAAUGGCAACCAUCCAGAACCAACACCCGACCGAGAGAACGCCGCGGCCUAUAGGUCAGAAGACGACCAAGAUGACUCGGACAACUCGGACGAUUACCAAGAUGCGUUACCACAAACUCAAUACGAAAUCAUGCGCGAUGCCGGGUUCAAGCACUUAGAGAACCUAGAGCUGGACGAUGAACGAGCCACAGAACAGCUCUCGCGACGACCACACAGCCUAGGCGACAACGUGGUUGCCGAAAGUGGCAUUAUCGAGAGCAUUACAUGCUACAAUUUCAUGUGUCACGAGCGGCUUCACGUCGAGCUUGGUCCCUUGAUCAACUUCAUUGUCGGAGAGAACGGUAGUGGCAAAAGUGCUGUUUUGACGGCACUCACCCUCUGCUUGGGGGGGAAGGCCAGCGACACUAAUCGUGGUGGCAGCCUGAAAUCCUUCGUCAAGGAGGGCCGCGAUCAGGGAAAGCUUGUGGUGCGAGUCAAAAACGCCGGACCCGACGCAUACCAACCCGACAUAUACGGCAACAGUAUCAUUAUUGAAAGACACUUCUCCAAGACCGGCACCAGUGGGUUCAAAAUUAAGACGGCCGAUGACAAGCUCGUAUCAACCAAGAAGCAAGAAAUCGACGAAAUAUCCGAGUGGUUCGCGCUUCAAAUGGGCAAUCCCCUGACCAUCCUCUCUCAAGACAAUGCCCGUCAGUUUCUGAACUCCGCCACUCCAGCUCAAAAAUACAAGUAUUUUGUCUCCGGAGUGCAAUUGGAGCAACUCGACAACGAUUACAGAAUGUCCCAAGACACCCUGGACAAGACUCUGAAUCUGCGUGAGGACAUCAACGAGAAGGUUGCGUCUGUGAAGAAGGAGAUGGAGAGUGCUCUUCGCCUGGCAGAAGCUGCGCAAAAGAAUCAGAGCCUUCGAGAAAAAGCGAGGCAUUACAGAUGUCAGCUCGUUUGGUGGCAGGUUGUAGAGCAGGAAAUUGCUCUGCAACAACUCAAUGCCGCCAUCGACACCAGGACCGCCCGCAUUGCAGACACGGAGCAAGAAUGUGAGACUAUGGGCAAGGCCCUUCUGGAAGCUGAGCGAAAACUACAACAAGUGCAGUCCGCAAGGGAGGAAUUAAAUGCGGAAGAUGGCGCCAUUAAAGACAAGGUCGCUUCGUUGCAAAGCGUAUUCACCGCGGCCAAGGACGAGCUUGUCGAUUUGCAUGUAGAGGAAACCGACGCUCACACCCGGUUGAAACUCAUUCGUGAAGCAAUACGUGUGCUCGAAAAGAAAAUAGAACAGGAGGAAAGACGCCUCGGCGAGUCCACUGGUGCCGCGAGGGCCGAGAAAGAUGCACAGCUUGAUCAAGCCAAGGCUAAGGUGCGAGACGUCACUCAGAAAAUAAGCGAUGCGACCGAUCAGCUGCCUGAUAAACAAGAGAAAGUGCGCAAGGCCGAGGACGCUUUCAAACGUCAGCAGCAACUGAGGGAAACCAAGCAAGGCGACAUUGUCAUGGCAGAAAAGACUCUAUCUGAUCUACAGGCAAGCACUGGGUCUGCAUACGAUGGUUUUGAUAGAGAAACCACCAACCUUGUCAAGGCCAUUGCGCAGCAUCAAGGGUUUGAAAACAUGCCUGUCGGGCCGAUCGGCGCACACGUCAAGCUUCGCAACCCAGAAUGGUCCGGUAUUCUUGAGAAGACUUUCGGUGAAUCGCUCAAUGCCUUCGUUGUACGCAGCAAGGCAGACCAGUCUAAGUUAUCAGAUCUCAUGCAGAAGAGCGGCAUGAAGCGGCAGCCACCCAUCUUCAUCGCCUAUGGAGGACAUAUCAACACGAGAAGUCAGGAGCCUGCAGAAGAAUUCGACACGAUACUGCGAGUACUGGAAUUCGACGAUGACAUAUUUCGCACUCAGUUAAUUAUCAAUAGCCAAAUUGAAAAGGUCAUCUUGGUUCAAGAUAGAGCCGAAGCCGAAAAAUAUAUGGUGGACGGAGGUGGCCCACCUCGAAACGUUUCGGCAUGCUUGUGCUUUCAUGACGGCAGGGGCAAACGAGGGCAAGGCCUCCGGCUGACGAACCGAAAUGGAAAUGUUGGAACCGCGCCCAUCGUUCCGACUAGGAAUCGGCCCAGGAUGCAGUCGGACUCUGUUCGGCAAUUAGCAAUCCAGAAGGAGCACCUGAAGCACUUGGAAAUCGAGUUCAAAGAGCUGAAUGCCGAGGAGCGCCUUGCCCGCCAGGCACUUCAGAGAUCUGAAAUGGAGCUAGAAUCGCAUGGCAGGGAUCAAAAAGAACUGGAGAAAGAUUUGCGCCGAGCUCGGGCCGAUGCAGAGGAAAUAUCAACAGAGUUGGACGCAUUUGAGGGCGCAGAUGGCCGUCUUAUCACGCUUCGUACUGACUUGGAGGCCAAGCAGAACGAGGAAGAGCAACUUGGUAGCCAAUACGGCAAUAUGAAACUGGCCAAAAAUGAGCUGAACAAGAAGGCGGAAGCCGCCAAGCAAGAGUUGGAGGAGGCCCGUCGCGAAAGUGAAGCAUUCUCGGGGCGUGUUCAAAAGGCGGAAGAUAAGAUUCAAACCACAGAGUCGAUGAGACGAAUUGCUGUCGCACGAAAGAAUGCAGCGUACGAGCAGGUCGAUAUUGAACGAGCCGAGUGCCGACGCGCAGAGGAGCGACGAGAUCGGAAGGCGGAAGAAGUCGCAGAUUUUACAGCGCAAGCUCUUGCGGUUGUUCCUGACAGGGUGCACAUCCCUGAAGGUGAAACCUACGUAUCCAUUGAGAGGAAGUAUCAAAGAAUUGGUGAUCAGCUCGCCUUGCGUGAGCAACGUCUCGGGGCGACGGAUGAACAAAUUUUUGACAGGGCAAACGAAGCUAAACGGCGCUACGAGACCGUCCUCGAGGAGACGGACAACCUGGACCGGACCAUUGACUCACUCAAAGGUGCCAUCACGCAGCGCCUUAGCCUGUGGCGGCAGUUUCAGCGACAGAUCAGCGCUCGCAUCCGCAUCCAGUUCAACUACCUCCUCAGCGAGCGAGGAUUCCGCGGCAAGAUUGAUCUCCGGCACAAGGAGCGCAAGGUUGUCCUGCACAUUGAGCCAGACGAGACGAAGCAGAAAUCGGCCGGGCGCGACACCAAGACGCUGUCGGGCGGCGAAAAGUCGUUCUCUUCCAUCUGCAUGCUACUCUCCGUGUGGGAAGCGAUAGGCUCGCCGAUCCGCUGCCUGGACGAGUUUGACGUCUUCAUGGACAAUGUAAAUCGAGCUAUCAGCACCAACAUGCUUGUCGAUACUGCUCGUCGCUCGGUCUCGCGGCAGUAUAUUCUCAUUACGCCGAAUGCCAUUGAGGGACGUGCCAGACUCGACAAGGACGUGAAGAUCAUCAGAUUAACGGAUCCCCGACAACGCACUCUGAUCUAA